CAGCGCUUCUUCACUAACCACGAUGAGCUCAACGAUGGACUCGACUUCAGACCCGCUUUUGGCUCUCCGGCAUGCGAUCAAAGCUAAAUCUCCAAUAACAUAUGUCGCGAGUUCAGAGCCAACGACUUCCCUUCUUGCUGCAUCCCACAUCGUUCUGUCUCCGACUCUUUCGCUUCCAAAAUCAACUUCAACACGCUAUUCGAAGCCUGGGACCUCGGGAUCCUCACCGUCUGACUUCUUCACCCUUGAAGCUGUGUAUUUAGCAUGGCUCCUCCGCGAUGCGCCUGUUGCAGAAUACAUGAAACAGGCUCGAGACAACGGCCUUGCAGUGGGUUUUGUGAGCGUUACGGAGAGGAAAAGCAUUGUGGAAUGGUUGGAGGGCAAGGUGCAUGACUUGAAAAGAAUAGUGUCACUUGCAGCAGCAGAAUCAACGACACCUCCAGGCACACCUACUCACGUUGGUGCAUCCACCAUACCCCUCAUUACCCCAAAGCGCACAGCACAUGUUGCAGAUACUACCACCACUCCCUCUAAGCGACGCUACGUUGCCGAUCAGCAAGAUGUCGAAGUUGUAAAACGGAUCAAGCAGAACGAGGUCGAGCUGCGGGACAGGAAUACUGUUCUACGAGGAAUAAAACCAAAUAACUUCUCUGCCCUACGAGCUACAUACACUGAAAAAUUGAAGAAGCUCAAGGAGACAAAACCUGGGGCUGCCCUAAUUCCUGCGCCGUCUGCUGGCGCUCCCAUGCUGGCCCGCAAAGCUAAAAAUCUGUACCCUAUCAUCAUGAUUUCCUCCUCUCCGACUGCCCUUAUAACUAUGCACAACGUCAAGCGUUUCUUGCAAGAAUCAUUUUUUGAGUCUUCCUCGGCGGCACGCGAACGUGCUGCAUCUGCUGGAAACUCCCGUGCUGAGGAUGUCAUUCACAUUGACAGGCGGCGUGUACCGCCUUCCUCAUCCUCACAGCCUACAUCUACGCCUCGCGGAGACAUUCAACGGUACUUUGUUGUUGAUAGUACUGACGCGUUGCAGAAAUUUGGUGCGGAUGCGUGGGAACGUGUUGUCUGCGUGAUGACCACCGGCCAAGCCUGGCAGUUCCGCCCGUACAGGUGGAGUGAGCCCCGGGCUCUAUUCCAUCACGUGAAAGGCGUAUACGUCUCAUGGGCGAAUGACCCGCCCAACACAAAGAUCAAAGACUGGAAUGUCACCGAAUUGAAGAUCGAUCCUCACAGACGACACAUUGACAAGUCUGUGGUGGCGCACUUUUGGCAGCUCAUUGAUGACUGGACAAUCACCAAUAAGCCGUGGUUGAUCAAAUCAUGAUGCUCUGCUCUCGAUCCGUUUAUUGGUGGCAGCGAGCCGCUGAAACAAGGAUCAGUUUUGUUUCCCCCCCAUUUUGCACUGGUUUGUGCAUUUUAUGCCUCCGUUUACCGGAGACUCGUACUUAUGUAUCGGAAUUACAUUUCUUGUAAUCAACUUGAUGGUGUAAAAGGGCUGACGAUAAACAGGUGAAUCUGUGUGCG